CAACAUUCAGUUACUAGAUUUAAUAUUGACUUCUGUGAGUUGAAUUAUUUUUCUGAAAAUUGCUCAAAUUUUAAUGUUCAGAAUAAAUAACAGUUCAGUUUAAAAAUUGAAUAUGGGGAAAACAACGAAAGUGAUUGUUUGUGGAAUGAAAGGUGUAGGAAAAACAGCAUUGUUAGAACAGCUUAUAUACGGAAAUGUCAAUGUCAAAACGGAAAUUCAUCCUACGAUCGAAGAUAUUUAUGUUGCAAAUAUAGAAACGGAUCGUGGUUCGAAGGAAAAAGUACGAUUUUAUGAUACAGCUGGAUUGGAAUCUCUUCAGAAUAAUUCAAAUAAUCAGCAAUUACCGCGUCAUUAUCUUGGUUUUGCCGAUGGAUACAUUUUGGUUUAUGAUACUGCGAAACCUGAAUCGUUAGAUGUGCUUUUCCCUUUGAAGAAAGAUAUCGAUAGAAAUAAAGAUAAAAAAGAAAUAACCGUAAUUGUUGUUGGAAAUCGAACAAAAGCUGAAGAAGAAUCUCAUAGUUUAGAGAAUACAGCAAGUAAAGCUGCAAAUUGGUGUACUAGAGAGAAAUUGAAACAUUAUGAAGUAAAUGUUAUGGAUAGGGCCAGUUUGUUUGAAGCAUUUGUUAAUUUAUCUUCUAGAUUAAAUCCUCCUACAAAUAAGAGCACAUUUCCACAGUUAAGUAUGGGUAGAAAAAAUAUCAAAGUUGAAGGACCUUAAAUAUGUUUAUUUAUCUAUUAAUCAUAAUUAAUCAUAUUUAAUUAUCUAUAUUAUAUCAAUGUUAUAUUUUUAAUCAUUGAUAUUAAUUGAUUUGAUAUGCUCAAAUUAUUUUUAUAUAAAAUAAGUAUACAUUCAUGUACUUAAAGCAUUAAUUUGUUCAGGUUUGUAGCAUAUAAAAACGUUUAUAAAAAUUUUUUUUAAUUAUUGUUUGAUCUUAUGUAUAAUAUAUUCUACAUUUUAUUUCUUGUUUGUACUUAAAAUGUAUAUUAUCGAACGAUCGUAUUAUGAUCGAAAGAUCGAUCGUAGAUUGACUUUAAUUAUUUAUUUUGUUUUGUACUUAUUUGUUAUAAAAAGUUUUUAUUUUUAAUUUAUAAAUUAUUUUUCAUUGAUCGAUUUACCAUUCAAUCGGUUUUGUCAAUUUUCGCAAACAAAUAGUCGUUCCAAAUAUAUAAUCCCAUAGUUUACAGCUGAUACCAAAACCUAAAAAACAUAAUUUUACAGUAAAUUUGUUUAAUAUUUCGAAAACAAAAAUAAUCUUACCUAAUUCAUGAUGUGAAAAAUGAUGAUAAUUAUGAAUUCUUUUCAAUAAAUAAAAAUAUGUUCCAGCUUUUGGCGCACCGUGAUGUAGAUAAUAAUGUAUUAAAUCAUAACUCAUAUAGCCUAUAAAAUAAUUUUUUUUGUAAAUUUCGUAUAUUAUCAAUAUUUAUAAGAAAAUUCAUCGAAUUUAAUAAAUAUUUCGACGACGAUACCUGUUGCUGUACCAGCGAUAAUAAAAUAAAAAGUUGUUUGAGGAAAUAUUAUUUUAUAAAUAUGAAAUAAUAAUAUUGCUAUUAACAAAGCUGGCACAGGUGGAAAUACUAAUCUUCUAUUAUCGAAUGGUGUCUAUGAAAUAAAAAGUGAAAUUAUUACACGAUUUAAAUAUAUCAAAUUUUUUUUUCUUUUUUUUUUUUUUUUGCAAUUAAAUAAAUUAGCAAUUUCUAAUAAAUUUUUACCUUAUGAUGAAUUCCAUGGAGUAAAAAAUGCAAAGUAAUAAGUAAUUUUGAAGAAUUAGGUGGUUUAAAGUGAAAAAUUUUACGAUGAACCACGUAUUCUAAUAGAGUCCAUAUCAAUAUACCAAAUAUAUAAGAAGUUAAAAUUUCAAUCGAGGUACUUUC